AUUUUCUGCUCAAAUAGCUCUACCCUCUACUCAAACUUAUGCAUUUUGCAUGUUGAUUUUCCUUAUAGGACGAUCAAUUUACUUCUGGGUUGCAAUUGUGAAUGGAAAGGAUUGAUUGAGUUUUGGUUGUUCUACUUGGUGGGGUUAAGUUAUGAUGGAGUUCUCUGCUUAUUUAAGUUUUCAAAGGCUGCGUAGAACUAUUUGGUUCUGGGCAUUUCUAGUAUUCUUGCUAGGGAACAGUGGAGGAGUAUUAUCGGGUUCGAAUUAUUUAGUUGGGUUAGGGAGCUAUGACAUUACAGGACCUGCAGCUGAUGUUAAUAUGAUGGGUUAUGCUAACAUGGAGCAGAUUGCAUCUGGACUUCACUUUAGGUUGCGAGCUCGUUCAUUCAUUGUGGCAGAGCCACAGGGGAACCGUGUUGUGUUUGUAAAUCUUGAUGCUUGUAUGGCCUCACAGCUUGUAACAAUCAAAGUGCUUGAGAGGUUGAAGGCAAGGUAUGGGGACCUAUAUACCGAAAAGAAUGUUGCUAUCAGUGGUAUUCACACCCAUGCUGGUCCUGGGGGUUAUCUCCAAUAUAUCGUGUAUAUUGUGACAUCUCUUGGAUUUGUUCGUCAGUCAUUUGAUGUCCUUGUAGAUGGUAUAGAGAAAAGCAUUAUACAAGCUCAUGAAAAUCUCCGGCCGGGAUCAAUUUUUGUGAAUAAGGGGGAGCUUUUAGAUGCUGGUGUAAACCGCAGUCCUAGCGGUUAUCUUAAUAAUCCUGCAGCAGAGCGCAGCAGAUAUAAGUAUAAUGUUGAUAAGGAAAUGACCCUUUUGAAGUUUGUUGAUGACCAGUGGGGACCAGUGGGUAGCUUCAAUUGGUUUGCAACUCAUGGAACUUCUAUGAGUCGUACAAACUCUUUGAUAAGUGGGGAUAACAAGGGUGCUGCUGCACGAUUUAUGGAAGACUGGUUUGAGCAGAAUGACAUUGAAAGCACAUCUGCUGAUGAAUUCGGGGCCGAUGGA